CUGUUGCAAUCGUAAACAUGUAACCAUGGUUGGUGAGGUGACCACAACAAACCGUUCCGUUCCAAAGUUGGAUCGAUAGUUGCGGCCACUUGCAAUCGUUCAGUCUGGUGCAAAAUGUUUUCCCAAAAUAUGAUGAUCCGCGACGGAGAAUACACCAAAACCAUCUACACCAUGAUCAAGGAGGAACGCUUCCUCGAAGCCAUCAACGUACUGAAUGGAAUCCCGGAGGUGUCGACUACCCGUGCCGGACUGUCUCUCCUCGGUCAUUGCUACUACCAAACCCAGGACUUUAUCGAGGCGUCCAACUGCUACGAAACGCUGGUCAACCUAGUUCCGGACGUCCCAGAGUACAAGCUGUACUACGCCCAAUCGCUGUUUCAAGCCGGUCUCUUCGAGGAGUCCCACCGUAUUAUAACCGCGGUGGACGCUCCCCACUUGAAGGAUAAGGUCAUGCAGCUGUUGUCGGCCAUUGCCUAUGGCAACGAGGACUACUCGACGGCUCAGUCGCUGCUUCUGCAGCGUCAAGGAAGCGGCCAGGAAGCAACGGUCAAGAACGACGAAGGUUGCCUGCUGUACCAGGCCAACAUGCACGAGGACGCACUGGCGCGGUAUGUCUCGGCACUGCAAGCUGGUGGGUUCAACCCGCACAUCGCCUACAAUGCCGCGCUGUGCCACUUCCGGCGGAAAGAGAACUCGCAAGCGUUGAACUACAUCGCGGAAAUUGUCGAGCGUGGCAUCCGGAAUCACCCGGAGCUGGGAGUCGGCGCUCAGGCGGAAACGGAAGGAGGAGCUCGCAGUGUGGGAAAUCCUCCGGCACUGGCCGCUUCCGGGUUGGCACAAGCGUUCAAUCUGAAGGCAGCUAUUGAGUACCAGGAGGGUAAUGUGGAAGGUUCUCGCGAAGCGCUGACGGAUUUACCUCCACGUUCCGAACCUGAACUGGAUCCGGUUACCUUGCACAACAUGGCGCUCACCGACCCCGUUGGAGGAGGAGCCGGACUACGUCGUUUGGCUUUCCUUCUAGAGCUAGGCCCACCAACGUGUCCACCGGAAACGUUCGCGAACCUGCUCCUUCUCUGCUGCAAGCACGAGAUGUACGACACGGCCGCGGAUAUCCUCGCCGAGCAUACGCACUUGACCUACAAGUACCUCUCGCCCUAUCUGUACGACCUGUUGGACGCCUUAAUAACCGCUCAAUCUACUCCGGAGGAAGCAGAGCAGAAGUUGGGCGUGCUGGCCAACAGCAUCGGAGGCCGGUUACGCUCGCUUGCGGCCAAGGUUCAGGAGUGUCGCUCGGCUCCGGAUCAGAACGCUUUGCGCAUGGCCCUCCGCGAGUACGAAUCCGCCCUGGAGAGCUACCUACCCGUGGCUAUGGCUCGCGCUUGGAUCCCCUGGCGGGUAGAUGACUUCCAGGGUGCGGAACGGGAGUUCCGGGCAAGUGCCGAGUUCUGUUCGGAGACGCCAACCUGGCGCCUCCACGCCGCCCACGUGCUGUUCAUGCGAGGUGACCGCUACAAGGAAGCGGCCGCCUUCUACGAACCCAUCGUCCGGCAGAACUACGACGACAUCCUGGCCGUUCCGGCUUCGGUCCUAGCGAACCUCUGCGUUGCGUACAUCAUGACCUCGCAGAACGAAGAAGCGGAGGAGUUGAUGCGCAAGGUGGAGCGUGCCGAGGAACGCAAGGGGAACGCCAACGGGCAGUGUCUGCAUCUGUGCAUCGUGAAUCUGGUCAUCGGGACGCUCUACUGCGCUAAAGGGAACUACGAGUUCGGGUUGUCGCGUAUCGCGCACGCCCUGGACGGCGGAUCCGGAGCCAGACUGUGUGCCGACACGUGGCUCCACGUGAAGCGCUGCGUGCUCGGCCUGUUGACCGGACUGGCCAAGCAAACGAUCGUGCUGCCCUCGAUCGCCAUCCAGGAGACGUUGGCGUUUUUGCGGACUUGCGAAGCGUACGGGUUGACAAUUCCGUCGGUGCUGACCGGUCCACUCGAGGACAGCGGCGAGCAACCGCCGACGAUCGGACUCGAGGCCCGGAAGUUGAGGGCACUGCUGUCACGGCUGAUGGAGUACAAGUAGGCUGUUUGGUGAAUUGACAGUCCACGAAAUUGUUUACAUUUUUGUCACGUGUGCCACUUUGAAUAAUGUUUGUGCACAACAUAUCUUACCACAGCAAAGAAAAUAAACGUCUAUUUUGAUUGUUCAUAAACGUCAGUUGAUAACGGAAAUACACGUUAAAUUUCAAACAUUGUGUUUGAGUUGAGUUUUA